GGUUUAUUGAGUCAUGUUGCAUUAAGAAAGGCGUUCGAACGGCAGCAUGGGCUGCUUGGGAAGUGGAAAAGAUGAUGAGAGCAAAGAGCAAGAGAAUAAGAGCAAGUUGAUUGAAAAGCAAUUAGAAAAGGAUAAACAAAAGUACAAGGCGACUCAUCGGCUGCUUUUAUUAGAUACUGAAGUGGCGCGCGUAGAAAGGGCCGAAAGCGGUGGAGGCCGUCGUGCCAGCCUGCCUUUAAGGUCAAUGAUGGGUUGCUUUGCGAAAAAUAAGGAGGACGAGGACGAGAAAAAUCGAAAGGAAGCUAAUAAAAAAAUCGAAAAACAAUUGCAGAAGGACAAACAAUUGUAUCGCGCUACGCACAGAUUAUUAUUACUCGGCGCUGGAGAAUCUGGAAAAUCUACAAUUGUAAAACAAAUGAAAAUUUUACAUGUCGAUGGAUUUGACGCUCAAGAAAAGAAGCGGAAGGUCGACGAUAUAAAGAAAAAUGUCCGAGACGCCAUUUUGACAAUAACGGGUGCUAUGAACACAUUGAACCCGCCCAUAGCUUUGGAACAUCCAGAAAACCAAUACAGAGUCGACUAUAUACAAGACGAGGCUAGUAAAGCAGAUUUCGAUUAUCCUCCAGAAUUUUACGAGCACACGGAAGUAUUGUGGAAGGAUUCAGGAGUACAAGCAUGUUUCGAAAGAGCGAAUGAAUAUCAAUUGAUUGAUUGCGCGAAAUAG